AUGUCUACUUUCACUUCUGCACGUGCUCUUGCAUUGGGCUCCACAUACUGUGCGGUCUGUGGACAGUGGGUAUCUCAGCAGAAUAACAAUCCACACUCAUCCACCAAUUGGUGUCAACACUGUGGUAGUAUGCAGACAUCCGAACCCGGAAAUCAUCAUCAUCAUCACUAUUAUGAUAAUGCUUAUAUGUUUGAGGCUUCUAAUAACACUUCCGCGGCUCUCUUGUUUACACCAGCGGAAAUACGAGCCGCACAGGAGGAAGUAAUCGCAAGAAGAAAGAAAAUAAAUGCGGCAGAAGGAGGAGAGACAACUGUGGGAAUCACACAAGUUGACAAUCGUGUAUUGGAAGAGGCGUUUUGUGAGAAUUGUGGAGUACACCGGCAGUGUAAAGUAUUCGCAAGACAAACAAGAAGCGCAGAUGAAGGUCAAACUAUAUUUUAUCAAUGCACAAAGUGUCAAUCCGAGUGGCAACUUAAUUCUUAA